AACCAAACUCUCCUCCCAACUAAACGAUAAAAUCCUUAGAUUCUGCAGCAUACCAUUUACUCCUCUCUCUCUCUCUCUCUCUCUCUCUUAAGUCUUUUUGUUUGUUCUUUGCCUCUCCCCAGCUUUGAACUUUGAGCUCAAUACGUAGCACCCGUGGGAUUCUCUUUUAAACAACAAAAUAAUUUAAAAUGAGUAGUUGGUUGGGAUUCUCUCUCGUUCAAGAUGAUGGUAACCAAGAUUUUCCAGGAAAUGAAGAAAAAGAAGAAGAAGAAACAACCGCUACAAACAACGUUGGACAACAAGGAGAAGGAGAAGGUGGGUGUUUAGCUAAUCUCAUGUCUUUGCCUUCUCAUGGCUUUUUCGACCAAGCUGCCUCUUUGUACGACAAAAACAUGGUGGAAAGUCCUAAGCUGGAAGAUUUUCUUGGCACCUGUUACACUACUACAACCUCUCAAUCUCCUGAAAUCAACGUUAACGUUCCUCCAAACUUCACCACCGGAGAACACCUGAGCUCAUUCCCACCCACCACGGCCGCGCCGCCGCUUCCUUUCAACCCCGCCGCCAUGUACCCUUUCCUGUUCGAUAACUCCCCCUCGCCUACUGCAACUUCUUCUUCUUCUACUUCCAUUUCCGGGCUGAAAUCUUGGCUCAGACAAACGCCGCCGUUUCAACCUCUUUCCCUCGCCGUCACCUCUCACCCGGAAGAGCCUAUCCCUUCGCCGCCUUUGGCGGCGGUUUCCGAUGCCAGGAAGAGACCACCACCCGCCGCCCCGCGAAAAUCCGUUGACACUUUCGGCCAAAGAACUUCCCAGUACCGUGGUGUUACCAGACACAGGUGGACUGGGAGAUACGAAGCUCAUCUGUGGGACAACAGUUGCAGAAAGGAAGGACAAACCAGAAAAGGAAGACAAGUCUAUCUAGGAGGUUAUGACACGGAGGAAAAAGCAGCAAAAGCUUAUGAUCUAGCUGCUCUCAAGUACUGGGGUCCAACUACUCAUAUCAACUUUCCUCUAAGCAUGUAUGAGAAAGAGCUGGAUGAGAUGAAAAACAUGUCUAGGCAAGAGUAUGUUGCUCACUUAAGAAGGAAAAGCAGUGGGUUCUCGAGGGGAGCCUCUGUGUACAGGGGAGUGACAAGGCAUCAUCAACACGGGAGGUGGCAAGCUCGAAUAGGGAGAGUUGCUGGGAACAAGGACUUGUACCUCGGCACCUUUAGCACACAAGAAGAGGCUGCAGAGGCAUACGACAUUGCAGCCAUAAAGUUCAGAGGAACGAGUGCAGUGACCAAUUUCGAUAUUACUAGGUACGAUGUUAAGCGCAUUUGCUCGAGCACAACCCUCAUUGCUGGAGACCUUGCUAAGCGAUCCUCGAGUCAUGGCAAUCCCCUCGACGAGUUUAGCUCUGGUGCAUCCCCUUCUGCCUCUUCUCAAGCUGUUGCCAAUGGGGAUCACGAGACAGAUAUGGCGUGGAAUGCCAGCAUAGAUGGGGGUGAUCAGCAUGACAAAGAUGACAGGACGGGAGGCGAAAGCUCAGCUUCUCGGGGUUACUACGAGUUGCAAGGUCCCGAGUACGAGGAUGGAAACUGUGAAGGUGAAAAUCCUAGUAUUGUUCACCCAGCUCCCAUGUUUACAUUGUUGAAUGAGUGAAAGAUUGAAGAAGAAACUUAGUUCAGUGACAGAUGUAUAGUUGUAGGUUUCUGUGGUAAACUUAAGAAGAAGAAGAAACCAUUUCCUAAUGUUAAAGAAGGGAAAGUGAAAGAGAAGGUAGAGAAGCUAGAGAUCAAGAAUGGGUUAAAUUAUGAUAGAAUCUUACAACCAAGUAUUCUAAAGAAUGCAUGCCUCAUUUUUAAAUGAUGCUUGAUUUAUGGAAAAGUUUGCAGUUACUAUUA